CGUCAGCUGACUUUCACAAAAUGUCAUAAUACGAAUGAAGUUGGCAUGAAAUUGACAUAAAUCGGAAAUUUAAAAUUGCAUUGACUUUUAUAUGACAUGGAAGCGAAAAAAUAUGUAAAGGCAAGAACAACUAAGACUCCUCAAAGAUGAUUCUUUAUUAUACAAAUUUUGCAAAUUAUUUGUUCCUAACUUCGCUCCAUUGACAUAACCCUACUUAUUCAAAAAUGGGGCCGCAAGAAAAUCGAGCAAUAAUUUUAAGUGAUUGUGGCACCGUUUUAAGUGCACUAAGUUACAAAGACGUCCAUUCAUUCCGUAAUUUGAUAACUCAGUUUAUAUCCGUGCAAGUUACAGAAAAAUACCAAUGUAUAGGACUUGUAAUGAAUCACAAUAUUUACAUUCCUUCUAUUAUUUUAAGUUUACAGGAAUUACAUCAUUGCUUUAUUUUUCUUCCUGACGAAACUGAAUCACAAUCAAUUAUCACAAAUUUGGGGCUUCUUUGGUCGUUAUCUUUCAUUUCCGGAAAAAAUACCGUUGCGACUUUAUUAUUAAACGAGCAAAAACUCGUCUUAAAUAAGCACGAAGUGACUCGCGUAACAAGUUACCCCAAUAUAUUUUACAUAAUUCAAACAUCAGGUAGUACAGGUGUGAGCAAGUUUGUGAGAGUUACUCAUCAAAGUAUUGAGAGUAACGUCAAACAUUUGAGUAAAAUAUUUAAAAUUCAACCUUGCAAUACGAUUUAUUUCGGUACUCCUCUCACUUUUGACCCCUCAAUGAUUGAGUUGUUACUGGCACUUGAAAAUGGGGCUUGUCUCUUAAUAACACCCUCUAAGAAUCAGAUCAAUCCGGUGCGCCUCCACCAAACGUUGAUUCACCCCGAAAACGGGGCCACUUUUCUCCAAAUCGUCCCAUCUUUAUUUCUACGUUGGUCAGAGAUACAAAUUGAGGAUAUUCUUCUAAAUUCAAAAUUAAAAAUUCUAGCUUUUGGGGGCGAACCGUUCCCUCGGGCUCUCCUCAAGUUUAAAAAGUCGAAUUUUUUGAGAAUUUUUAAUUUAUACGGAGUCACUGAAGUAUCAUGUUGGGCAACUGUUUGUGAAGUCGCGGAAAGUUUAGGGGAAGUACCGCUGGGGGAUGAAUUAGACGAAACCAUUGUUGAGGUAAGGGAUGAUUCUGGGAGGCUUGUAGAAAGUGGUGAAGGAGAAAUUUUUAUCGGGAGUUCUACUCGAAUUUGUUAUGUUGAUGAUGAGAAAAUUCAUCAUAAAACUCCAGUUUUUCGAGCUACUGGUGACCUUGCGUUUAUUUGUGAUAAGAAAGUUUAUUACAAAGGGCGCCAAAACGAUGUUUUUAAGCGCUUGGGUCAUAAGAUACAAUUAUGUAAAAUUGAAACAAUUGUAUUAGAACAAACAGGGAUACAAAACGUUUGUGUGUGGUCAAAAACUCGAACAAAGCUUCUACUUUUUUUGAUAAUCGAAAGCUUCGAUAAUAAUACCAAAAAUAAAGUGUUAGAUAAGGUCAGGAUUAAACUUUUACACACUUUAUCGAAACAAUGCUUCCCUGAUUUUAUUGACAUCAUUCGAAAAUGCCCUAUCACCUCUCAUGGGAAAAUUGAUAAAAACACUCUCGAAUCGAUUUAUUUAAACCGAAAUCAAGCUGAUAAGAGACAAGUUGUUGACAUUUUCAAAACACUAGUUUACAAAUAUUUUGGUUUGCGAAAUUUUGGAGAAAGCACAUUUUUCGAGCUUGGGGGCAACUCGAUUCUCGCAGUCCAAUUUUUGAGCGAAUUCGAGGAUGAAUCAGGGUCGGCAUGCCCCGACUUAGUGAGUCAUUUGUUUGAAAGUGAUUUAAACACCUGUGUUGAGAUUUUACGUGACUCUAAAACCGUGCAAAAGAGACCCCAAACCGAACCAACCCCAAAAUCUGAGAAAAAAGUUAAAUCUGGGAACAUUGGAAUCGAAUUAAAAAUCGCCUGGAGCUACAAUUUGGAGGCUUGUGUCGACUCAACCUCUCUCAUUUUUACACACAAAGAACGAAAAUUAGUAGCUGUUGGAAGUUUUUCGCAUAUUUUUGCCAUUUUGGACUCACAAAGUGGCCACGAAAUUGCCAAAUUUGUGCUUCCCGACGUCGUUGAAAGCACCCCUUGCUACCACAAGAACUACCUAUACGUGACCUGCUUUGAUGGUAAUUUAUACUGUCUUGAUUUCGCAUUAAAUUCAAUCAAGUGGGCCUAUAAAACAAAUGACAGGGUUAAGUGCACCCCAAUUUUGUGCUACAAUGCCACAAGAGUCGUUUUUGGGUCCUACGACAAACAUAUCCAUUGCGUCGAUAUUUUGAAAGGAAGCGGUGUGUGGACGUCAUUUGUUUCAGAAAGUGUGAUUUCGACACCUCUACUUUUAAACCAAAAAAUUUACGUGGCCACGAUUUGUGGCACAUGCCUCUGCCUUUCCGAAACUUCCGGUACCAUUUUAUGGCAAUAUAAAACCGGAAGCCCAAUUUUUGGGGCUCCAUGUACUCACAACGGGUGUAUUUUAUGGCCAAAUGUCACCGGAAGUGUCGUAUGUGUAACUUCCAAUGGCCAUAAAUUAUGGCAGUAUGACACAGGGGGUCAUUUAUACUCGUCUCUCACCCUUCAAGACGGUUUCCUGCUUUUUGGGUCGCAUGAUCGUUGUUUGUAUGUCUUAAAAAUUGAAAAUGGGUCCCCUGAGCCACAUUUCGUGGCCAACUUAGAUGAUUGUAUAACAACUCCGUUAAUUUUGGCUGAUUUUAUAAUUGUGGCAGGGAAUUCGGGUCGUUUAUUUGUGGUGACUUUCAAGGGUGAGCUGGGGGCUGAAUUGAGGCUUCCAGGGGAGAUUUUUUCAUCAGUGGUGGGCUGUGACAGGCGUUUGUUUGUAGGGUGCCGUGAUAAUAAUUUGUAUUGUAUUGAAAUUAAAAAUAUUUAAUAAAUAAAGUUGACUUGAACUGGAUUAUAUCUUCUAAUUUUUUUGUUAAAUAAACAGUGUACAAGA